AUGAGUUCAAAUUAUCUCAUAUUACCAGGUCCAAAAGCAUUAUCUGAAUUUAGAGUUGCUAAUUUAAUACUGGAAAUUGAAAAUAAAACAGGUGCAAAAGUUGAAGUUGCAAGUCAAUUUACUCAUUAUAUUUCAUUAAAAAAGCCAUUAAAUGAAAAACAAUUAAAGUUAUUGAAAAUACUUUUAACUUAUGAUAAUCCAGUUGAUGAAGAUAAUGAAUUGAGUAAAGAAUUGAUUGAAUUAUCAACUGGGUCAAAGCAAAGUUCUGAAUUGAUUCAGAUUGUACCUAGACCAGGUACCAUUUCUCCAUGGUCUUCAAAAGCUACAAAUAUUGCACAAAUUUGUGGAUUAGGUGAUUUCAUCGAAAGAAUUGAAAGAGGGUUAUCAUUGUUAAUCAAAGGUGCUAAAGUAGAUGGAGAAACUUUAACAUCAGUAUAUGAUAGAAUGACUCAAAAGAUAUAUUACGAUGUUCCAAAAUAUGAUGAUUUAUUUGCACAUCAUAAACCAAAACCUUUAGUCACAGUUGAUAUAAACAAUUUAUUAACAGCUAACAAAGAAUCAGGAUUAGCUUUAGAUCAAGGUGAAAUUGAUUAUUUAACAAAUGCUUUCAACAAUGUUAUUGGUCGUAAUCCUACUGAUGUUGAAUUAUUUAUGUUUGCACAAGUUAAUUCUGAACACUGUCGUCACAAGAUUUUCAAUGCUGAUUGGACAAUUGACAAACAACCAAAAGAUAAAUCAUUAUUCAAAAUGAUUAGAAAUACUCAUGAAAAAAAUCCGAAUUAUACCAUAUCUGCAUAUUCUGAUAACGCAGCUGUAUUUGAAGGUCCACAAGGUUAUUUAUUUACACCAGAUUUUAAAACGAAGCAAUGGAAAUCAAUUAAAGAAAAUGUUCAUACUUUAGUCAAAGUCGAAACUCAUAAUCAUCCAACUGCUGUUUCUCCAUUUGCUGGUGCAGCUACAGGUUCAGGUGGUGAAAUUAGAGAUGAAGGAGCUGUAGGUAGAGGUUCAAAAUCAAAAGCUGGUUUAUCUGGAUUUUCAGUAUCUGAUUUAAAUAUUCCAACCUUAAAACAACCAUGGGAAAGGGAUAUUGGUAAACCAAAUCACAUAGCUAGUUCAUUGGAUAUAAUGAUUGAAGCACCAAUCGGUUCUGCAGCUUUUAAUAAUGAAUUUGGUAGACCUGCUAUAAAUGGGUAUUUCAGAACUUUAACAACAGAAGUUGAAAAUAGUAAAGGAGAAACUGAAAUUAGAGGAUUUCAUAAACCAAUUAUGUUAGCUGGUGGUAUGGGUGCAAUUAGACCAGAUUUAGCUUUGAAAAAUAAAAAAAUCACACCAGGUGCUAAGUUGAUCGUAUUAGGAGGUCAAUCAAUGUUAAUUGGUUUAGGUGGUGGUGCUGCUUCUUCCAUAAGUUCAGGUGAAGGUUCUGCAGAUUUGGAUUUUGCUUCUGUUCAAAGAGGUAAUCCAGAAAUUCAAAGAAGAGCUCAACAAGUUAUUGAUUCUUGUGUCUCAUUAGGUGGUGAAAAUAAUCCAAUACAAUCUAUUCAUGAUGUUGGAGCUGGUGGAUUAAGUAAUGCAUUACCAGAAUUAGUUCACGAUAAUGAUUUAGGUGCAAAAUUCGAAUUGAGAUCCAUAUUAUCAUUAGAACCAGGUAUGUCACCAAUGGAAAUUUGGUGUAAUGAAUCACAAGAAAGAUAUGUUUUGGGUGUUGCGCCAGAAGAUUUACAGAUGUUUGCUGAUAUUUGUAAUCGUGAAAGAGCUCCAUUUGCAGUUGUUGGUGAAGCUACUGAAGAACAGAGAUUAAUUUUAACUGAUUCAUUAUUAAAAUCAACUCCAAUUGAUUUGGAUAUGUCUGUUUUAUUUGGUAAACCUCCAAAAAUGUCAAGAGUUGCAACUACUGAUAAUUUAAGAUUGAAAAAAUUUGAAACUGAGCAUUUGGACUUAAGUGAUUCAAUAGACAGAGUAUUACAAUUACCAUCAGUUGGAUCUAAGUCAUUCCUUAUUACUAUUGGUGAUAGAUUUAUUACUGGAUUAGUUGAUCGUGAUCAAAUGGUGGGUCCAUGGCAAGUCCCGGUAGCUGAUGUUGGUGUAACAAAUACUUCAUUAGGUGAAACUAUUUUAACAACUGGUGAAGCCAUGGCAAUGGGUGAAAAACCAAUAUUAGCAUUAAUUUCAGCAAGUGCUUCUGCCAAGAUGUGUGUUGCUGAAUCACUUUUAAAUAUAUUUGCAGCUGAUGUAUCAUCUUUAGAACAAGUCAAAUUAUCAGCUAAUUGGAUGUCAGCUGCUUCGCAUCCAGGUGAAGGUUCAAAAUUAUAUGAAGCUGUUCAAGCAAUCGGUAUGGAUUUAUGUCCAGAAUUAGGUAUAUCGAUCCCAGUAGGUAAAGAUUCAAUGUCAAUGAAAAUGAAAUGGGAUAAUAAAGAAGUUACUGCACCAUUAGCUUUAACUGUCACUUCAUUUGCACCAGUUGAUAAUACUUCUAAUACUUGGACUCCUCAAUUACAACCAGUUAAAGAUACUGUUUUAGUUCUUGUUGAUUUAGCUGCUAAAGUCAAGAAAUCACUUGGUGGUUCAGCUUUAGCUCAAGUUUAUAAACAAGUUGGUGAUUCUGCUCCAACUGUUCAUUCUAAUGCUGUACUAAAAUCAUUUUUACAAUCAUUAGUUGUUUUACAUAAACAAUUCCCAGUAUUUGCAUAUCAUGAUAGAUCUGAGGGUGGGUUAUUAACCACCGUUUUGGAAAUGGCAUUUACUGGUAGAUGUGGGUUAGACAUUGCUUUAAGUGGUGAUGAAGAUAAAUUCACAGAAUUAUUCAACGAAGAACUAGGUGCUGUUUUCCAAAUUAAAUUACAUGAUACAAUAAAAUUCAAAGAAAUAUUGAAAGAAAAUAAUAUUGAUGAGGAAUAUGUUAAAAUUAUUGGUAAACCGACAUUUGGGGAUCAAGCAAUUAAUAUUUCAUACAAUGGAGCACCAAUAUAUUCAAACACAAGGGCUGAAUUACAAAAAUUAUGGUCUAAAACAUCAUAUCACAUACAAAAAAUGAGAGAUAAUCCAGUCACAUCACAACAAGAAUAUGAAUCUAUAUCAGAUGAUAAAGAUCCUGGUUUAAGUUAUCAAAUAACAUUCAAUCCAAAUGAUUUUAAAUCUUAUAAAAAUAAACCAAAAGUAGCUAUACUACGUGAACAAGGUGUUAAUUCUCAACAGGAAAUGGCUUGGUGUUUCCAACAAGCUGGAUUUGAUGUCUAUGAUGUUACAAUGUCUGAUAUUUUGGAAGAAAGAGUAUCAUUAGAUGACUUUGUCGGUUUAGCUGCGUGUGGUGGGUUUUCAUAUGGUGAUGUCUUAGGUGCUGGUGCAGGUUGGGCAAAGUCUGUUUUAUUUAAUGAAAAAGCAAGAAAUGAAUUUCAAAGAUUUUUCCAAGAUAGAGAAGAUACAUUUGCAUUUGGUGCAUGUAAUGGAUGUCAAUUUUUCAGUAGAAUUGCUGAAUUAAUUCCAGGAACUGAUCAUUGGCCAACUUUUGAACGUAAUUUCUCAGAACAAUAUGAAGCUAGAUUCGUUAUGGUUGAAGUUGAUGAUAAACCAUCCAAUAAUUCUAUCUUUUUACAAAACAUGAAAGGUUCAAAAUUACCAAUUGCUGUUGCUCAUGGUGAAGGUAGAGCACAAUUCAAGACCAAAGAAGAUGAAGAAGAAUUUAAUUUGGAUGUUAUUCAUUAUGUUGAUAAUUAUGGUAACCCAACACAAAUAUAUCCAUUCAACCCAAAUGGUUCACCAAAGGGUAUAGCUGGUAUUACAUCUAAGAAUGGUAGAGUAUUAGCUAUGAUGCCUCAUCCUGAAAGAGUUUCAAGAAAAGAAAGUAAUUCUUGGUAUCCAUAUCAUGAAAGUGAGAAAUGGGGUGGUUAUGGUCCAUGGAUUGAAUUAUUUAAAUCUGCAAGAGAAUGGGUAGGUGAUGUAUAA